CUUGCCACGUAGUGCACCUUGCUUGGGGGGUAUUUUGAAGUUUGUUCAACGUGAUGAGGCUUAGUUUAGCUAUCCUUUUGGCUGUUUAUUUGGUUGUCCUGGUGUCUUCAGAUUCCGUGGACAAUGUCCGACUGGCUGUCUCCAAGGAAAUCUUGAAUGAGUUCGUCUUUCAAGAAAAAGAAAUCACUAUUCUAUAUACAAUAUAUAAUUUCCAUGAGUCCCGCGCUGCCAAAGAUGUUGAGCUAUUUGAUAUCUUUGCCGAAACAGAAUUUACUCUGAUUCAUGGGAGCCCUUCUGCUCGGUGGACUGUUAUACCUGCCUCCUCGAACGUCACUCAUGUCUUAAUCCUCAAACCUCAAAUAAAUGGCGUCCAUAAUUUUUCUAGUGCUACAAUUACUUACAAAUCUGGUGAUUUGCAGCAAAGUUCCUUUUUGUAUUCUUCUGCACCUGGUCUACUUACAAUUCACAGACUGAAGGAGUAUAACAAGCGUUUCACUUCUCAUACAAUUGAGUGGAUUGGUUUCGCUUUGUUUGUUACACCGUGCUUACUGAUACCAUAUAUGCUGUGGCGCUCAAGUGCAUCAAAAUACUAGCUCUUUACAGUACUCUUCUUCAUUUGUAUAUUUCUUCACACGUUGUAUUUUGUUUCUUUGUAUCCAUUAUACGUAUGUUAUGUAUUUAAAGAGUAUGAAACGUAUUUGGUAAAUAAAUAGAAAAGCGUAUGCUAGUAAUACUGUGGACAUGUUAUAUUGUAUUUCAAAGCAUAAUAAGUAAAUAACUUCAAUUUUCGACCAAUGCACGGAUUGAUUCAGUUUCGUUUUGAUUAUUUUUCUAACAUUUUCGGAUUGAUUUAACGAGAAGACGAAGAAGUUUACAUUCGUCUUUGUAUUACUCUUGACUGCCUUGUUCGGUUGGUCUCUGAUCAUUUGGUUAACCAACCUUUUUCGUAUGGUUUAGCGUACCGGAUAUUUUUCGAUAUGUUUGACUACCGGUUGGUUUGAAUGCCAUAGUUCUAGAAAUCCUUAAAAUUUUCUUGAUCCUGGAUUUCAGCGUUUUCCGUUUUGAUUGUUGCUCAUAAUUGUAUACGUGCGCUAAUAUGAUUACAUAUAUUUCACUCCUAGUCCUCAUAUGAGUAACUGAAGAAGGGGUUCAGUCUAGUAUUUUUUUUUCUCGACUGAUACAAUUUACUUCGUAA